GUCAAUCAAUAUUGUAAACAAGAAAAAAAUAAUUAAACUUUUUCAUUCAUCAAAAUACAUAGACACAUACAUACUUAUUACUAUAUGAAAGACAAUAUCAAAGAUGCUGCGAAAAACGCAUAUUCUGCUUGCUUCACUUUCCAGCAUCGCUCGACAAUUCUCUACAACACAGAUGUGCAAGAACCGAGUUUGUGUCAUUGGCGCCGGCGGUAAUGUGGGUCAACCACUCUCGUUGUUGCUGAAACGUGAUAGUCUCGUGACAAGUCUCGCGCUGUACGACCUAAAAAUGGUGACUGGUGUGGCGCUGGAUAUUCGGCAUAUGGACACAAAUGCUCAAGUGGAAGGGCACGAAAAAGUAGAAAAUCUACCAAAAGCGCUGGAUUGCGCUGAAAUUGUAAUUAUCGUUGCUGGUCAUCCAAGCAAGAAGGGAGUGGCAGAUGAUGAGCUUUUAAAAAAGAAUUCCAGUAUUAUUGUAGAGAUUAUGCCGAAAAUCGCAGAGUUCUGCCCCACAGCAUUGAUUGCAGUGGUUACAAGUCCAAUCAACUCGCUCGUACCGUUAGCAGCAGAGAUACUAAAAACGAAAGACGCUUACGAUCCCAACCGCUUGUUUGGUGUCACCACGCCCAGUGUGGUGCGUACGCGCUAUUUUAUGGGGGAUGUAUUGCAAAUAGAUCCCGCUAGAGUGAACGUACCCGUCAUUGGCGGCAACUCUAAAUGUACCAUCCUACCGGUAAUCACACAGUGCAAGCCAAUUUAUAAGUACGAGGAUGAGGAUGAUGUGCUGCCUAUAGUUAAAAAAAUUCGCGAGGCUGAAGAGGAGGUGGCAAAGGCAAAGGGUGAUAGUGCAGCCUCGCUGGUCAUCGCGCACUCUAUCGCUAAAUUCACGCACUCACUGCUGCUGGGUCUUGGGGGUGUGGGUGAGCCAAUUGAGUGCUCGUUUGUAGAAUCGUUUGUUACCGAAUGCGAAUUCUUCGCUACGCCUCUGAGACUGGGCAGGAAGGGUAUUGAAAGGAAUUUGGGUAUACCGGAUUUGGCUAAGUUCGAAGACGACUGGCUAAACGAAUUGAUACCGGAACUGAAGGAAAGUAUCAAGAAAGGCAUGGAAUAUGCGAAGAGCAAGAAGUGAGUUGAGCUUGUCGAGUGGGAAGUGGGUAGCAGGAAGCAAAGCAGAUAAUUUCACUUUACAAGAGUUUUUGUUUUAUUUUAUUUGUUUAAUUCGUAUUUCGGAUUAGUUUGU